AUGAUUGACUACGUUUUGGGCAGAACUGGAGAACAGUCGCUGUACUACUUUUGUCAUUCGCAAGGAUGCCAAACCAUGUUUGUACAACUUAGCAUCAAUCCUCAAUUUGGCACAAAGAUUCGAAAAAUCUUUGCCCUAGCACCAGCAUACACGAUGACCCAUGUCGGUGGAAUACUGCACCAAUGGGAACAAACAUAUGAAAUGACCCAGGGAUUUUUUAAUUUGCUUGGUGAUAGAGAAUUCUUCGACUAUGCCCCGACACGUCCACUAGCACAAGCUGUCUGCGACAAUCCUGUUACCGUACAGACGUGUAUAGAUAUUCUUGUCUACAUAAAUGGUCCGAAAAGCGACCAAUUUAAUUGUUCAAGGACGGGAGUAUACUUAUCACAUACUCCUGCUGGAACAUCAGCGCAAAAUAUGCGGCACUUCGUACAAUUGGUUCGUAAUAAACGAUUGAUGUCCUAUGAUCGCGGCCCGGAACAAAAUCUUCGAUGUUACGGAUCGAUAUGCCCACCAGAAUACAAUAUCGGAAACGUUAAUGCGGACAUUUAUAUUUUCUAUUCGGACUGUGAUUGGAUAGUAUCUGCUGGGGAUAUCGAACAGCGAUUGAUACCCGCACUUCCACCCUCUUCAAUCAAACAAGUCUGGAAAUUGCGCGGAUUCAAUCACGGCUCCUUUAUGUGGGGUUUGCGGGCUACCCCCGAAAUCUACGAACCUAUUGCAGCCAUCAUCAAAGCUGAUCAAAUGAACUACUUGCAUAAUGGUAUCUAA